AUGCCGCCCCGCCGUGCAUGUGUGGCACCUCGCCGCCUGAUCGAGACUAUCGGGAGUGAUCCAGCCACUUCCCAUCCGACUGAGAGAGUCCAGGGGGACGAGACUGAUCAGACAGUACUGGAUGGACCAGAUCAUGGCCAGGAGAGUAGGAUGGGGGGAUCGACCCAGGUGAUGGAGCUGAUUAGAGAGGUGGUUGGGUUAGUUCGACAGCAGAGGGGACCACAACAGCUAUUUCCCUCUGCUAGUUCUUCAGAUCAGGGGAGGAGUAUAGCAGAGUUCAGGAAGUUAGCUCCUCCGGCCUUCAAGGGAACUACCGAUCCCCAAGAGGCCGAAUGGUGGAUAGAUGAGAUGGAGAACGCCUUCAGGGCCAUGGGUUGUACUGAGGAGGAGAAGAUCAAAUUUGCCACCUAUAUGCUUCAGGACCGGGCUCAUCAUUGGUGGGAGUCUGUAGAGAGGACCAUGAUGCAGGAUGCAGGAUCUGUGACCUGGCCGGGAUUCCGCAUGGCCUUCUACUCCAAGUAUUUCCCUUCCAGUCGUAUCAGGGAGCUGGAGAGGGAGUUUCUGAGCCUCUCUCAGGGGAGUAUGACUGUGGAGGACUAUGAGGCUGAGUUUGAUCGGUUGUCCCGUUUUGCACCAUCUCUUGUCCAAGACCCUAAAUCUAGGAUUAGUAGAUUUGAGGAAGGACUGAGGCCUCGCCUGCGUCAGGGUUUAGCUGCUGUUCACUCGACUGAUUAUGAUGACCUAGUUGACAGAGCUAAAAAUAUGGAGAUCAUCUGGAAGGAGACACAGGAUGCUCAGAAAGGGAAGUCGAAGAGGACCAGGGACUUUGAUUCUGACGGUGAGCGGCAUCUGCGCCGACCUAUGCAGUUCCGUCCAGGAGCAGGGCAGCGAGUUCCAUAUGGGAGGACUGCACCGGAUUGCAGGGGGAUAUCAGGAGUGUGCUUCAGGUGUGGCUAG